ACCUAUUAUGUAGAUAAUAGCAUUUAUGGCGAUACUUUUCCUGUAAAAAUAGUUGCCCCCUUUUGGAACCCCCGUUGAUUUAACCCUGUGUUGAGCCCCAGGAAAUAUGAGCCAAGCAGAUGGCGCAUUAUCCAAUGAAAAUUAAAUAAAGAGCCACGUGGUUUUGUUAUUAUUGCCAAACAUUGAUUCGAGGACACACGUUUUUAGCCCUUUGGAUUUUAAUUGAUUUUGCAUUUGUAUCCAUUAUUGGACUCUGAAAAUUCAAAGAUGCCAAGAGGCAAUCCAGGUGUAAAGCGCAAGGCGACAACGGAAGCCACAAGAUCUAAAAAGAAAACACCCGUAACAGUAAGAAGUACUCCGUCGGAGGCUCAGGAAAGGGACGUGGACCCACCGAUGACCUUAAAUGCCUUGUCCUCGGCAAUAAACUAUGAGGAACUGGCAAAGCAUAUCGUGAGGGAACAGGACAAAGUGAGAGCAUCCCAGUCCACAGUCUCGGCUGUCGCUCAAGACACAGUGAACUCCACCACAACAAAUAAUGUCAAUCAAACUGCCACGCAAAAUCCAGAAGGAUCUCAGACUCCAACCAACGCAGCUAAAGAAAGUGGUUCCUCAGGUGCGGUCCAGGCCAGCAUACCUACUUCUAAUGCUCAACUCGCCGACGCUUCCAAAUCAACACCUGAAAACUCGGACAAUGUUAACACAAUUUUAGAUGCUAUUUUUAUGCGAGGCUGCCCGGCAGUUGGCACCACAUCUGAUGGAAGAUCAAACACCCAUACCAGACUGUCUGCUGCACAUUUGACCAGUGAGGCACAAUCUCUACUCUCGGCAUCAUUAUCAUCUUCCACACAAGCAGCAUACAGAAGAUCAUGGCAGCUCCUUCAAUCAUUUCAAGCUAAUACAUCAUUACCAUUACAGGUGGCAGAUAUUUGCAACUUCAUUGCUCAUCUGCAUGGCUCCCAUUUUAGUGCAAGUACAAUAUCUUCUCAUAUAUCAGCACUAAGCUAUGUUCACAAGCUGCUUGGUUUACCUGACCCUACACAAAUGUUUAUUGUCAAAAAAAUAUUAAGAGGUUGUCACAAAUUGUCUCACACUGCAGAUUCACGCCUUCCAAUUACUUUAGAUAUUUUAGAACAAAUUAUUAAAGCUCUGCCAAUUACUGUCCCUGUUUUGGACCAUCAUAUCAUGUUAAGAGCCCUUUUCUUACUCUGUUUUCAUGCAUUCCUUAGGAUGGGUGAGGUGACUGUGAAGCAGGGUGCUGCCCACAACAAGGUCAUUCAGGUGCAAGAUAUAACAUUUCAAUUCAAAAGGCAAAAGCCCUGCAGUGUUCAGUUAGUUUUGCGUCACUUUAAAACUCAAAAGAUGAAUGAGCCUAUAAUAAUUUGCUUAGAGAGUUCGGCCAAUUCAGAAAUAUGUCCUGUCAAUGCAUUAUAUGUUUAUCAGUCUCAAUAUUCACAUCGCUCAGGCCCACUUUUUCAGUUUAAAGAUGGCACACCACUUUCAUAUAAUUAUGUUUCCAAGCAACUUGCAGCCUCAGUAAAAUUUACAGGUCUGAAUCCAGCAUUAUACAAAGGUCAUAGUUUCCGAAUUGGAGCUGCAACUUAUGCUGCUCAAAAAGGGUACUCCGAGAAUUAUAUACAGCAACUGGGUCGUUGGAACUCUAAUGCUUUGAAGCGUUAUAUUCGAAUCCCUGCUUUCUCUGUUUGAUAUCCUUGUCCGUAGUUACAUGUACUACCCAAUCUAAUACUUGAUAAUAGGUCAGUGUUUUACUGCUAUCUUACUAAAAAGAAAUAUACUAGCUAGUACAUGUAUGAAAUAAUGAUAUGCACAACUUGCUUGUACAGGACAGUGUAUUACUGCUGCUAGGAAUGUGUCACAUAGCACCAUGCAUGAAUCCCUACCACGGUUUAUUUUUAUUGUUUUUUUUUCCACGCAGGGCAGUGUUUAACUGCUGUAUUCAUCAUUCUAAUGGUCAUGAUUUUUCUGAUAUGAUAAGAAAAUAUUCAGGUCAGUGUUUUACUGCUGUAGUCAUUGUUAUCUACGGUAUAUUCAGUGUCAAAGUAAAUUGAAUGCUACUGGUCAGUGUUUAACUGCUAUAACCACAUUUACCGUGUAAUAUUAUUAUGGUCAAUUUAAAUUUGGUUCCUUAAGGUCAGUGUUUAACUGCUAAAACAACCUAUUGUAGUAAAUUAAAGGUCUCCCAUUAAUGUGCUGGCUCACCAAUUAAUUAAGUACAUUUUUCAAAUUUCAGUUCGCUUUAUCUAUUCUCAAAGUUUAUUAUGUUAAUGAAUUGCAGCUCACCUUGGAUGGCGUGGGAUAUGAUCUGAUGAUCAUAUCUUUGGCCGUAUUUGUCGCCAUCUUUUACUUUUUGUAAGCCGUAUGUAAUUUUUUAUAAAAGUUUAUGUUGUAUCUAAUCAGAACUAAAGUUUUCUUUGUGACCUAUUUUCUAUGGGGGAAAUCAGAACGUAUGUGUUCAUAUCUUGUAAAAUGUAUAUAUUUAUAUGUGCGUGCAAAAUGUUUGUUUUGUUUUUUGCUGAUUUCCCCCCUUGUUUGUAAAACUUAAUUUUUCGUCAUUUACUAUUGAAUAAAUGACAUUUUCAUUCUCACA